AUGUCGCCGCAACGUCCAAACUUCAUUGAACUUCGGGCACCCUCGAGCAUGUCCAACGUUUCGAGACCUUUACGAUCCCCCAGACUCCAUGUCGCAGGCGAGGCACCCCCCGAACUAUCGCCUCUCGAUGCCUUCGCUCUUCAGAGUCGUCUGCUGGCGAGGCAGCUUCAAAACGCCGCGAGCGGCGAAGGAAGGCGCAUGAGCAGACUACCACCUCUGACGACCGAAAGCCCCUUGGUUGUACAAGGCCGAUCAGACUACUUUCGCUCCAUGUCUAACGAUUCAGGAUCUGACGAAAUGCCACUUCCUGAGCUUCAAAACCCAGGAUUGGGUCUGAGAACAGAGCUAGAGGACGCCUUCCCGUCCGAGAAAGACCGACCCGUUUCGGUGCAUCCUCGAAUGAGCCGCAUCCCGCCCACUCCUGACGGGAACGAGCCUCUCCCAACACAGGCGCACCUCGAGAUGAUGCGUGGACGAGCUUUAGAUCCGAUGGAAGAGGAUCAAGACGAUACGUUAUUCGGCGCAAGAAGAGAACAGUCCCCGGCACCUAUGGAGCACCCGGCCAACGACGCCCACUUGCAAGCCUCGCCUCCACGAAAGGUCCAUUCACCACCUCUGCUCUCGCCAGCACGAUCACGCGAAAAUUCGUUGAAUGGAUCGCCCGGCAAGUCAAAGGGACGCUCAUUUGAUGGACCCGGCUUGGCUCCUCCGCGACCCAGCUUUACGGCACGAUCGGCGACCUCAAUGUCUUCACCCCUCGAAAAUACUAGUGACGACAUGAACAAUUCUGUUCAGUCGCUGCCGCCGCGCAAACUUUCGAGUGGCAGCGCUUAUGCGGGGUCAAUAACGUCACCCAACCUGAACCCAGGUCCCUUUCAACGCUCGCCGUCUGUAUGCUCAGACGCUUCAAUGCCAUUGCCGCGACCCUCCUUUAACUUUUCGAGGCCUAUGAGCCGAGCCGGCACUCCUGGAUUGGAGACCCCAACGCGCCAGGCCUCAUCCGACAGCCAACCGUCUUUCAUGUUUGCGAAUGACGACUCAGCCAACACUCCUGUUAGUAUGAAUAGCGAAGGCUUUCCCGAUCACGUACAGGAUGACGGCAAGGCUGCCCCUUCGUACAUUUACUCCAAGUACUCGCUUCCUCGUGGCAAGGUUGUUCAGCGAUCUGUUCCCCUGGAUCCUCACCCGCAAGCGUCGUUCCAAUGGGAGCAACCCAUGACGGCUCCAAGCAACGUACAAGCGAUCCGACGCGGAGCACCCCCAUCACCUCCAACUCGGCCGUCAAGCUCAGCUGAGCCUGAUAGCCUUAGCUUGGCUAAACCUUCUUUUGACCAGGGAAAGCGCAGUCUGGAUCGUAGUGGUCCAGCACCGCAGCUGUCCCCCAACCCCAGCCGCCCAUCGACCGAGAGCCUCGCCUCGGAGGAGGACGCAAGGGGUCGUGCUCUUACCUCUCGAGCUCAUGAUGUCAUUGCUCGUGGUCAGACGGCAAUGUCAACAACCACGAGCGAUUCCAACAGUACAAUCAAGGCGACUCGUUCCUUAGCUUCAGGUGCUCCCACCGCUUCAGACAUGACUCCAGAGGAGCACCUAGCCAAGGGUAUUGAAUGCCAUGAGAAUGGCUCAGUGAAGGAAUCAACUUAUCAUCUUCGCCAUGCGGCCAAGGGAGGCAACCCGACGGGAAUGCUGCUGUAUGCGCUGGCAUGCAGACAUGGCUGGGGCAUGCGCCCAAACCAGCGAGAAGGUGUUGAGUGGCUUCGAAAAGCCGCUGAAUGCGCCAGCCUCGAAAUCGCCGACGAUGAGGACCAUGUCAAGGAAGGAAAGUUUGUGGAUGCAAUGGAGAGAAGAACUCGUAAAGCGCAAUUCGCACUAAGCAUUUACGAGCUUGGUGUGAGCCACAUGAAUGGAUGGGGCAUUGAGCAAGACAAGGCUCUUGCCCUGAGAUGCUUUGAAAUUGCCGGAUCUUGGGGCGAUGUAGAUGCACUGGCUGAAGCAGGCUUUUGCUACGCUCAAGGAGUUGGCUGCAAGAAGAACCUCAAGAAGGCCGCCGGCUUUUACAGACAAGCUGAGGCCAAAGGGAUGAACAUGGUCGGCAACAGCUGGAUUCACAAGUCAAAGUAUAAUGACGAGGAUAAGCCUGCCAAAAAUGCCCGCAGCAAGUCUAGGACGCGCACCAUGUUCGGCAUUAAGACUAGUUAG